AUGUUCGUCCCAAAAGAUAGAAAGAAAGAAUACGGUACUCUCGGAUUUGCUUUUGGCAUCACUCGGGCUCUACAAACUCUUUGCCUUAUUCUCAUUCUCAUUCUAUCUGCAAUUUUCAUCGCAGAAAUAAACGCAGCCGAUACGGCUCCCCCAGGAGUUAUCAUUGCUACUCUCAGUAUUGUUGUUAUCACGAUCGUCUGUCUUGCCACCAUCUAUCUUCUCUACCUCGAUACGCAUCUUCACUUUCUCAUCGCUGCUGGACUCGACUCGGCGGCUCUUAUCGCCCUCAUCGUGGUCUCGAUAACCAUCGGCAAACCCCUUUCUUACCUCGACUGCCCUGCUCUCGCCAAUGUUGGAGUGACAUCAGCAUUCGUUGAUUCGGCUGUCGACAAUUUCUCUAAGGCUAAUUCUUAUUUCUGGCUCGGUGCAUCUAAGAGAUCAUGCUACGAAAUGAAAGCCAUUUGGGGGUUCAGCUUGGCACUCUGUGUCCUGUUCUUCUUCAGUGGCAUUAUUGAUGUUUGCUUAUGGAAAAUAGAGAAGAAGUUUGUUCCACAGAAGGAUGGCUUGUCUUACUCGGGUUGA